GUGUUGGAGGGAAAUGUUGUUCCCCCAGCUGUGCACCUCCUUCCACUUGAACCUGGAAUUUUGUUUUCCCCUUUGCUUGCCUUGGAUUCACAGUUUGAACGCGUGUUUCCAGCUUCACAUCCCUCAACCUUCCGCACGGUUAAUCUCGAACUCGUUGUUGAUCCCGCCAUGGCUCACCUUCACAAGCAGACCAAGAUCCCACAGCAGGAGAUCUUGCCGUUGGCCAUGGACAUUGGUGCUCUCGGUAACAGAAUCAACUUCAACACGAGAAGCGAGCACAACAGCAUAAACAGAACCAUCACUCUGAAGUUUGCCAUUGCGAUCAGAGAUGCGCGUAUAUACCGCCAGGGGAUCCAGGCGUUCUACCACGUUUUCAGAACGGUGGAGGAGUUGAUCAACAAGGAGCUGUCCCAGGAGCCGCUCAGCAAGACUGGCGAGAUCUUGAAACAGAUCUGGAGACCCGAGAUAGCGCGUACCGCUGCGCUCGAGCAGGACUUGAUGUUCUUCUACGGCAACGACCGUUCCAAGUUCGAACAUCCUAUCAGACAGGAACAGAUUGAUUUUGUCCAGCACAUCCACGACGCAUACAAGGAGAAGCCACACAUCCUGCUAGCAUACUGCCAUGUGAUGUACCUUGCUCUCUUUGCAGGUGGUAAGAUCAUGCUGUCCUCGUUGACAAGAGCCAGCGGAGUCUUCCCAAGACUGGAUGGCAAGACGACCGAGGAGGUGAGCUCCUUCGGUACCAACUUGUUCAAAUUCCAAGUUGAAGAUGACGAGGUGCUGAGACUGGACUAUAAGAAGGCGUAUGAAUUGGCCACACGUAAUGCAUUGACAGAACAGGAGAAGCUCGACAUCAUUGACGAGUCCAAGGAGAUCUACAAGAGAAACGUCAUGGUGGUGCAAGAGCUGGAACGCCACAACAGGGAGAAGAUCACCUCCAAACUCACGUACAAGGUGUUCAACUACGGCUAUUACGUCGCCGUCGCAUUGCUUCUGCUCAUCACGGCGUGGGCUUUGCGUAGGGUGGUGAACCAUUUGCUCUUCUGAAUGCGGCAUCCUCACACCCUGUGUACAUUAUAUAUAUAUAUCCCGUCUUCUAUAAUAUUGAUCAUGACACUUGUUACGAAUAACUUGCUACACACGAC